CUGGGUGUGGGAUUAGCUGUACUGUAGCAGGGGCGGUGUAUUUAUUAGUUUUCUCAGUUUGCAAUGGCUGCAAUUCUCCCCGUGCGAUAAGGCGGGGGAAAGCGGGGUAGCAUGUCGGAUCGGGAUGCGGUGAACGGCUCUAGCCUCCCCGGCAGCGCUGAAUGUCAGCAGCAGGAGGAAGAGGUUGAAGCUGCUGCCGCUGCUGGAGCCAGGGCUGGCCGGGAUCUCAAGGAAUGGCUCCGGGAACAAUUCUGUGACAGUCCCAUAGAAGGGAGCGAGGACACCCGGCUACACGAUGCCACUUAUGUGGGCGACCUGGACACCAUCGCCAGUCUGCUCAGAGAGGACAACUUCAGGAGACACGGUGCGGACGUCGAUGUUAAUCAUCAUGUAUCCAGUCGUGUCUCAGUGCCUGCUGCCAGGAGAUUCACAUCACUGGGUGUGUGUCCCCUCUACAUCAGUUCUGCCUAUCAGCACCUCCAGUGUUUCAAGUUGUUGCUGAAAGCUGGGGCGAACCCCGAUUAUAACUACUGGGGCCAGGUAGAUGUGACAGCCUUUCCCCGGGGAUCACCAGUCUGUGUUCUAGAUGCGGUUCUACGUCACGGCUGCGAUGCACAGUUUGUAAAACUUUUGAUUGACUUUGGUGCUAAUUUGAACCUGGUUAAUUGGGAGGGUCUGGAUGCAGAAACGAUGGGACGGAUGAAGGUAAAUGAAGAGGCCUUGCAGAUCUUCAGAGCUGCCAAAGGUACUCCCAGGACACUGACAUCUUCCUGCCGAAUAGUUAUUCGGAGAGCGCUGGGGAAGUUCCGUCUUCAUCUGAUCCAGACUCUGCCUAUUCCAGACACGGUCAAAAUCUUCCUGUUACACGAGGACACUUGAGGGACGAUCGCAUCUCCCCGCUCUGCAUGAUCCCUGUUGGACUGAAGCCUCACUACACCACCCUGCCGUCAGGAGGAUCGAGGGCAAUUCUUGUUUCUGUCACACACAACUGUCGCAACCUAUCUCGGAAAGUGAGUUUUUUUUUGCUUUGCUUUCUUUCCUCUUCAAGCGCCACAUAAUUCAGAAAGACUAACCCUGUGAAUGAAAUCCAUUAUUUCUUGGGGUCCUAUUUGCAAAACAAACAGAAAUUGUGAUCAAAUAUAAAACCGUGUCCACGUCUUUUGAAAAGCGUGUGCAUGCAAACAAAAAAAACACCUUGGUCGCAGAAUUGCAUAACAUCCACCACCUUCCAGGUGGAUCUAAAGCAUUAAUCCAAUCUCAGGGGUAAGAUUAUGUAUAUCAUUCAAACUUUUCAUUCAUUGCAUUUGAAGCCAUCCAAACUCUUCACUUGGAUUACUUGUCGACAGUAUUCAGGAACAUCCGUGUGUUUCAGUGGGUUCGGUCACUUGGCUGAGGACGCAGAGGUUGUGAAAGCAGUUUUUAUCUGGGAGGUUAAAUGGCAUUAGCUGUCAUUUUACAGAGUUGCAGGGUUGGAUUAUUCCCGGUUCACUCCACAACAGUUUCCUUAAGGUGGUGUGGCUUUAAUUGGUGAGCAGAAAAAAAUAACUGUUUCCAUGAACCAGUAAUUGAUGUUCUGCAGUCACACUGUUUAAGGAUACUCCAGCUGCCCCUUUUACAUUACAUUCUGGGGACUGGGCGACUAGGACUGAGAUGAGGAAAAAUUUUCUUCACUCAAGAGUACA